AUGUCGCUCUCUUCAGAGCAGCGCGCUUCUUUCACGAAAGUGAUUGAUUCGAUUCUCGCUGCGAGCGACAUAAAUACCAUCUCCUCCAAACGAAUUCGACAGGGCCUUCAAGCCACUGUCGACUAUGACCUCAAUGACUACAAGGCUCCUGUCAAGGAGCUCAUUAUGGAGCGAUUUGACUUAUUCAUGAACAAAAAAGACGAGCCCUCGACACCACCGGAAGACGUUGUCCCAUCAACAGAGACCGCUAAUGGCCAUGGCAAUGGCUCCCCCGCCCAAGAAACUAGCCAUUCCCCUCCAACCGCAUCGUCAUCGCCGCAGAGAAAACGCGAGGCAGAAAGUCUAGCGUCAGACGGAACUGAGCCCAAGAAGCGACGCCCUGAUCAUGAUGUGGAUGCGGAUGCGGAGUUCGCUGCGAAGCUACAGGCAGAGGAAAAUAAACGUGCUCGCCCGACACGAGGUAGUGCUACGCGCAAGGUUGCGCCGUCUAAGAAGAAAUCAAAAGCCAAGACCUCAAAGAAGAUCAGAGCAGAAGAUGACUCGGAUUUAGAAUCUACCUCUGAGACAGGUGCAAAGAAAGAAGUCAAUCGCUCUGGUGGAUUUCAUAAACCUCUCAAUCUAUCUCCAGCCCUUUCGGAGCUUUUAGACGGUGAAGUGGCGGUGAGUUCACAAGUCAGAUAUUAUAUGCUGGAUUCUACUGACACCAAGAAGCUCUCGCGCCCACAAACAGUGAAAAGAGUCUGGGAGUACAUCAAAGCCAACGAUCUUCAAGACCCAUCAGACCGCCGCCAAAUACGAUGCGAUGAUCGCAUGCGGCUUGUUUUCAAACAAGAUCGGGUCCAUAUGUUUACCAUGACCAAGAUAUUGAAUCAGAACCUCUACGAUCCUGGAGAAUAGUCUUGUAUCCUUUAUUCUCAGCUCUAUAUCCCU